AGGAAGGAAACGAACCCUUUGGAAUUAUGUAAUAAAAAUAAAGGGUUGUAUAGAAAAAGUAAAAAAAAAAAUUAGGAAAUGAAUUUCAAAUUCCCAUGUUCAUAAGGCGGAAAAGAAGUAUUCGGAGUGGAAGUAAAAUACUAAACCUUAAUGCUGGUAAUUUGAUUUAAAUACGAGUGAUCUAGUCAUGUCGACUUCAGGAUUUUCUACCACAGCAAUGACGAACUCUGAAUGUACUACCAUGGACUUAACCACACCAGUUUAUACCACAAUCUCCCAGAACAAUAUAAAGGUCGUGUAUUUACCCAGCUCGGUGCUUAUUUGUACCUACGUAAGUUGUUCUCUGUCGAUCUUAGGAGCAAUUAUUAUAUUUGUGACAUACUGUACAGUUCAAGAAGCAAAGAACCAGACCCGCCGUCUGCUCAUCUAUUUGACGAUUGCUGACUUCAAGUUUACGAUACCCGUGGUGAUUACAUUGGUAGCGGCCUUUAAGAAUGUCCUUGGGGAGGAUCAAUACAUUGGUAGUGGACCGUGGUGCUGGAUAAAGGGUUGUAUGAACAACAGUGAACUUAUUCUGUGGAUGACCUUAACCGGAAAAGGUUGGGAGGUCAUGACCUACAUUAUCACAGCAUUCCUCUACAUUUAUCUCAAAUACUACAUGAUUAAAAAGCGUCGUCAAGAGCGCAGACCCAACCUUCGCUACAGUCAUAUCUCAAUCAGUCUCCGUGAUGAAGACGAGAACUAUGUGCUGCUGUGGCUCGUUCUUUAUAUCCUUAGAAUCUGGGGGACAGCCAGAUACGGUAUACUUAUAUAUAGAGUCGCGAAUGGUGUGGAAAUGGUGAACAAAUUAUAUCCCGUGGACAUGGUGCUUAUGCACAUUCAGAGUGUAGGAGAUAGUGCCCAGGCGUUUUUUAAUUGUCUACUGUUUUGUGUUAAGGAUACCGCAGUCAGACAUGGACUCUUAAGGAUGCUCUGUCGGAGAGAUCAGGACCGACAACUCAAUGAUUAUACCCGGCUAUAGCACGUGACAAGGUGCGCCAAAAUUUUGAAAUUCUCGGACGAUAAAAGCUGAUUUUAAAAACUAGACAUCGGUCUAAGGAUAAAAUGAGAAUUCAUUAAGAGGCACAUAACCUGAGUAUUAUGGAUUUCUCAUGAUAAGAGAAGGUGUAUACUUUUUUUUUUUACUGUUUCCUAUACCUUAAAUAUACACUACAUAUACAGGAUAAAGCAGAUUAAACAUUAUGUGUUUUACUCUGUUUCAUUCGUGGAGGAAGUAAUGCUAAAGAAUUCUAUAAGUUGACAUGCUUAGUGCAAUUAAUUGACUGAUAAACGACCAUGGUUUUCUUGAGAUAUCGGAGAGAAAAUUCAGUUGAGAAACAGUAUUCAAACUCAACGUCAUUUUAAACAAUACAAAUCGGGAGCAGAGGAAACACGGGCCUCCAAAAGUUUGCGAAGUGGGAGGUGCCUUGGAGGAGUGAGCGUUCCCUGACGCCCAGUCACAUCCGCCAUGUGCUUCAUGCUUCUGGCUGGAUUGACUUCACCAUUAACCGGAAGUUACAUUUCAUUGGAAGCACAUGGCAACAUAUAACAUACGAAACCAAUUAGAAUACUCAAAACAUAUCCGCAAAGAUAUAUUACAAGAAGAUGCAAAACACAACCGUCAAUUGCUCCAGCAGGAUAACCAUAUAUUUUCAAAAUAAAGACAACUGUUUUAUAAGCUUACUUGUCACAGAACCGUUUGCUUGCAUGAAUGGUUGUAUCUUUAUGUAUAUCUAGUCAAUCAUUUACAAAUAAUGUAUAUAUGUAGUAUAUCUUUUUUUGGGUCCGAGGAUGAGGAACCCAUAUACUUGUACUAACAGCUUUUUCUUGAAGUUUUGGAUUUCUGAUCCUAACUGAUGGUAACGGUGACUGAAAUUUUGAAAAAGUGAAUCAAAUAAUAGAGUAGGAGAGACGUCGUUUGUUGCAAAAAAGUACAAUAAAAAAUUAACACUAAAAUGUAGUUUUUUUUUCUAUAUUUCAAAAUUCUCAAAAUAUUUUCUGUUAAAGAAGUCCGAAGUCCAGAACGUCUUGAUAUACCGUAUAUACUAUCCUAUCGGUCCGCCUAAAAGUCGGUUUAUUUUUAGAGAUAAUAUUUGUUGGAAUUUGCCAUUGACCUGCAAAUAAGUCGGUAUAAUUUUUACCAGAAUCGAUUGACAAUUCAAAAUCAAUGUUCUGAUAUUUUAAUCUGGUUUCAAUUCAUAUUUUAGAAAUGAUGCCAAAGUGAAAUCUUAAAUUAUUAAAAAAAAUAAUUCAUGCACACUUAAGUUAUAUUCGAUG